UGCAGGAUAACCCCCCCCCCCGGUAGCGGGACACUGAACGCGGCUGGCCACUACCGGACAAGAAUCCACCCGUUCGGUUGACCCGGUACCGUCUUACCGCGAACACUAGCUCAUCGUUAUUGGAAUAAAAACUUCCCGCCGUCGUAAGUUGUGACCGUUAAAAAAAAAAACGGGCUCGGGGUUUACUCUGCCAUGAUGCACGGGUUGGCUAAGAGCUAACAGUUAGCCGGUGUUUGUGGGGGGAGAAGCAGCGGAGUCGGUGCUCCUUCUUUCGGCCGUACGGCGGGGUGAACAAACCGGAUUAAACAUGGAGAAAAGUAACCGUUUGAUAGAGCUGUUUGACUAUCUCCAAGACCCGCACCUUGUCGCCCGCUUUCAGCGCUUUUGUGGGGUACGCGGGACGUUUUCGGGGACCGUCUGCGCUGCUGGUACCGCCGCCUCCACCUCCUCCACCAGCAGCGGCAGCAGCAAGGACGCAGCCCGGGCUCACUCGCUCAAUAACGGGGUUUGCCACCAACACAUCACCGCUGAAAAUGAGAGUGAAAACUUAAUCGGAGCCGGCGAAGGGGAGAAGGUGCAGACAGCAGCGGGUGUUAGGAAGAGAACCGCGGAUGCUAAGGUGAAGAACCACGGGGAGGAGAGUGAAAAUCCUCCCCGGAACGGAGCGACGAUGCCCGCAGCGGCCGCCGGCGGAGAGACGACCGGUGCGGGCAGUGAAGUUACCCCCGGACGCAGCACUCUGAAGCCGCUCCGCAAAAACUCUCUAACGGGCGACACCGGGCAGGAGUUCCUGAUCGAGAACCGGUUCCUCUACUACCUGUUCACCUUCGGAACCGAGCUGGGCAACGAGUUCUUCUACAUCGUCUUCUUCCCCCUCGUCAUAUGGCUGGUGGACGCGUUCGUGGGCCGGAGGCUGAUCAUCGUCUGGGUCUGGGUCAUGUACCUGGGUCAGUGCACCAAGGACGUGAUCGGCUGGGCUCGGCCCGCUUCUCCACCUGUGGUCAAAGUGGAGAUGUUUUACAACUCCGAGUACAGCAUGCCGUCCACACACGCCAUGUCGGGCACGGCCAUCCCCUUCUCCCUCUUCUACAUGACCUCCGGCCGGUGGGAGUACCCGUUCUUACUGGGCUUCAGCUUGGCUCUCUGCUGGUGUCUGGUGGUCUGUGUUAGCCGAAUCUACAUGGGGAUGCACUCGGUCCUGGACGUCAUUGUUGGCUUCCUGUACAGCGUCCUGAUCUUGAUCCUCUUCCUGCCGGUGUUGGACCUGAUUGACGGCUUCAACCUGACCUGCCGCUACGCCCCGCUCAUGAUCGUCUCCCUUCACCUGGGCCUGGGCCUCUUCUCCUUCAACCUGGACACCUGGAGCACCUCCCGGGGCGACACCGCUCAGAUCCUGGGCACGGGCGCUGGCGUGGCCCUGGCCUCCCACGUCAACCACCUCCUGGGCUUGAUGCCCGACCCGACACCGGACCAGCUCCCGCUCAUCAUGCCCGCCCUCAACGCUCGCCUGGUGGCAGUGGCCCUGCUGCGCCUCAUCCUGGGCGUGCUGGUGCUGGUGGCCACGCGGGCGCUGAUGAAGGCCCUCACCAUCCCGCUGGUGUGCCGGGUGUUCGGCGUGCCCUGCACAGAUGUGAGGAAGGCCAGGCAGCACAUGGAGGUGGAGCUCCCCUACCGCUACAUCGUGUACGGCACGGUGGGCUUCAACGUGCUCUUCCUCGUCCCGCUGCUCUUCAGCUACGAUCAGUUAUCCUGAUUGGAUGAAGUGACCCUCCACAUGUUCACCUCGUGCUGUUCGCAGAUCAGAUUUCAGAUCCAGGACCUUCAACCUUAGUCUUCCCCUCAUGGGACUGAUGUGGAUUAGAGCCUAAUUACUGAUCUGGACGCUGUUAGUUUUCCCCCUUCAUUGGCUGAACCGGGAGCAGCUCUCCUGACAAUCUGCUCAAUUUGGCCUCGACUGUUAUGAGCUCUACCUGUGGCGAGUGAUAUCUCUCUGUUCUGUUCUUUUUAGAUUUAUUUAAAAUCAAAUGGCUCCUCCUGGUCGCACUGAGCCCAAACAUGCACUCCUUCCUCUACCAGCUUAAUUCAUAUUAGAGAGCAAAAAGCUUUUCCCACAGUGGCCCUCUGGAAGACUGAAAAUGCCACUGACCGCUACUGAUAAAUUGCUGUGUCUUAGUAUUUACAUUUAUAUUAAUGCUAGAGUUGUUAUUAAGAGUUCAGACAAAGAACCACACUCGAAGGGACGUUGUGACUCCUUGGUGAAUCCACAAACAACAAAUGGUUAAUAAAACGUCAAUAAAAUGUCAGACAAUAAUUCAAAAUGUUUAAAAAGAGAAAUGAAGAUGAAAUGUUUCUUCACUCUUUGUGUGGUUCUUUGUCGGGAAGCUUCUUAAUAUUAAUAUUUGAUCUUCCUCUCAUCUGUCUCACCUCUCGAAGCAAUAAGAUCCUUUUUAAAUUUUACACUUUAUUAUCCUUGUAUCGGAGUCACCUUUGACCCCCCUGUGGAGUGGACAUUCCUGUGUUUUAAACUUCUGAAAUAGACCUACGCGCGGAAGAAAUCGUAUCGUUUUUGAAGCGUUUGUUUGAAGGUCGUCUAAAGGGCUCUUCCCACUCUUUCUACUCGGUUUCCGUCUUUAUUCGGACGGAUUAUGUUCUGUUCUCUUGCUCUGAGAUUGAUGGCGAUGACCGGGCACAAACUGUACGACCCAGAAGGAAGGAAGCUUCACUCUUGUUUGGGAAACGUACAGAGAGGUUUUUUUAAAUAGUCUAUAAGGUCGUCAGGAUUUGUCCACUUGGCUCAGCAUUUUCCUUUUUUUUUGAACACUGUAAAACUGACUUCCUGUUAAGAGAUGCUCCUGAUUGCACGCAGCCACUUCCUGUGCAGAGGAGAGAUUCAUCUACUCGUGUCAGGAGGGCGGCGGCGGCGGAGAUAGCGCUGCUCUCAGGAGAGAGGACGCGUGGAGCGCCGGCGGCCGAGAGACCAGAGGGAGGUCGGGAUGAUGAAGGGAGGACACAGCUCAGGCAAAACAUAUAUAUAUAUAUAUAUAUAUUUUAAACAAUACAGUUUUAUAGCCUUCUUCACGGGCCUCAGAUUUAUAAAAAACAAGUUGUAAUAUUUCUCAUUUUAGAAUAAACUCAAAGAAAAGUAGCAUUUCAAGAAAAAUGUAAAUUGAAUAUAUUGUAAUAGGUGAAAGUCAUAAAUCACAUGCUCAUAAAGUUACUAUCUUAGAGGUCCAGUGUGGAGGAUUUAGUGGCAUCCAGAUGUGUGAUUGCAACUGCCUCGCUUCACCCUCCCCUUCCAGUCGGGAACAGAGAAACUACGGUUUAUACUCAGUUCCUGACAAUAGAUCCACACACUGGACCUUUUUAAAAUACUUUUUUUUUUUUUUUAUCAUAUAAUUACAAUUUUAUUCUUGAAACACUUGAAAAUGUUGAAAAAUAUUGUAAUUUUAUUCUCCAAUUCAGUGUUUUGGACAAUCCGACACCAUUUCAAAAGGAUCUGAGCGGUUCUGGUCCAGUUCUAAUACCUUCAUUUUGGAUAUCUACUGAUACCGCCUAGUUAACACAACUUCCACCCCUCUGAAUCUUGGCUCUACACACAUUACAAGUCAUUUCUCUUCUGUGUUUAAAGACUAAAAUAUUUUGGCUAGCUGCUGCUCGCUCAGAUGCAGACUGGAUUCAUUGUCCAGCUCCUGGACUGGAACUCAAACUGGGAAACAAAAACAUAUAUGGGGACCACUGGAUAUAGUUUCAUAUUAGAAAUUAAUUCAUUCGCUAAUACGCUGACGAUGGUCUGAUAUAUCGACAGGUUGAACACGCUGGAAAAAGUUGGUGUUGAGUUUUUAUUUAAACUGUUUUGAUUAAUUCUGGCACCAAUCGCUCUCCGAAACAUCUCCCAUUAGAUCAGAUUGUCCCUUGCUCUCUGACGGCUGAUUAUUUUUAGUUUUUAGGCCUCAAACAUUUCACUGUCCGCCGUCCGUGCUCAGUUUCCUCGAGGCAAUAAUGACUGAACAUCUGCACCGAUGUUUCAUUCGCACAUUCCUCCUCGUGUUUCUCCACCGCGGCGGUUGCGGCUGAAGUGCCUUGCUCGAGGGCGCUGUUGUUGCUGGCGGAGGGUUCAGGUGCUGCUGCCCCCUGCUGGUGACCUUUAACCUCCGAACUGAAGUCCAACAGAAAGUCCUGCAGGCAGCAGGUUGAGCAGGAAGUAGCGUUUCCAGCUGACUUGUUGUAUGUUGUUGUAUCCGGUACUGUUCUCAUAUGAAUGCACUGUUCCCAGAAUGCACUGCCCCCCCGAGCAGGGCAGAGAAGGUGACGUUAGUCCUGAAUGUGAACCUGAGGUUGUUUAUCUUCAUGUAGAGCUGUGAAGGUUGUGGGCAGCGACUGCAGACAGUUUGAUUCCUGCUGUUUAGUUUCUCACAUUCGUUGUUUUUGUGUUUAAAAUUUUACUUUUUGCUUCAAAAAAGUUGAUUUUAUUUGGUGAAAUACUAAAAGCAGCAAAGGAAUUUGAAGUAUUCCAGCCACUGUGGUGUGUACAUGAAACUAUUUAAUGCAGUGGUUCCCAACCUUUUUCCAUAUUAUAAUUAAAACUGUACAAUGAACUCAAACAGUGAACUUUGGAAGUUUGUGUGAAACGAGCGAUUUGAAUGAAUUUUGAGCAGAUUAUUUUCAUGUUUAAGGAACUUUUUAUAAGAUUUUCUGUCUGUAUGAUGUAUUUAUUAUACAUUUUAACAAUCAUACAGACUUAAUGGACUACUUUUUUUGACACAUUCAGUGUUUUCUGGUCCCUGAUGUUUGGCCAUUGUUCUAUUAGACAAUUACCUUUUUGUUUUCUAUAUUUAAAUUACCCGUUAUAAAACCAACCUUCAGCUCGACUUGCUCACAUUCUGCCAGAAAACAAGGACGCCACCGACGCACCGUCUCCUCCUGAUUGGUCGGCGGCCUCCUCUGCCCGGCUCCUUUCACUUCCUGUGGCCUCGCCUCGUGCAACAACAUAUUUCUGUUAGUGUUUAGUUUGUUUGUUCUAGUCUGAAUGUGGUUUCCUCUUUCUGAACCGGUGAAACGGGAAGUUUAAUCUCUGUUUUUCUACUUUGCCAACAGUUCCAGGAGGUUUCCAAUAGUUAUUACUUAAAUAAAAUAUUUUUCCCCAUCAGUUCAAACACAAGUUAAAAAGGUUAAAUAUCAGUUUCAGUGUCUAUAUCUCUUCUCUAAACCAAAAUCCUCCCACGUUUUGUGACAUUUGAUGAGUGACCUCGGACACAAACGUUGUUGACAGUGCAGAUACGAGAGGUACAGCAGGAGGAGCUGUAAGUGUUUGAACACGUGUCGGCGAGGUAUUUACAUCCCGACCGGGCGCCGUUUCCUCUGCAGAUGUUGGAGCGAUUGAUAAAUGAGAUUAAACCAAAACUUCCUGAUGGUGAUGAGCUUUGUGUUUCUAUUGUGAGGCUCCACGAGACAAACCGAUGUCCACGUUCACCAGCUUGUUAACGUGUGUGUGCGUGCGUGCGUGCGUGCGUGCGUGCGUGCGUGUGUGCGUGCUGUGUGUGUGUGUGUGUGUGUUAAUCUGUGGUAAUGGAGCAGAGCCAUUUGAGGUGUUCUAGUGGACCUCAGAGGGAUUUGAAUUUGUUCAGUUUAAUGUCACAUUUCACAACAAUUUAAUAGAUUUUACUGCAAUAAAAAUGUCAAUUUGUUUGUUUUAUUAUCAUCCAUAUUUAUUACAGCGUCCUCUGAGAUGUAAUAAUCUCAGGAUUUGAUGAAGCAUUGAAACAUUUGCUGUAAUCAGCAUUUUUUGAUUUGUUAUAAUAUUUUUAAAAAUUGGAUCUUAUUUGUUAAAAUCCCCCAAAAAAACAUUUAAUCCAAGAAUUAUAAUUAAUUUUAUUUUUAUUUUGUUGAAUCCUAAAUUUUAUUUGUUAUAAUCCAAACAUUCUGGCAACUGAUGGGAACCUAAACUGUCCUUGUAUCCCAAAUAUUUGAACCAGAUAUUUUGGUUACGGUGAUCCAAAAACACCAAAUUUGGAAUAAACCCAAAUAUUUUCACAACUCUGCAACAAAAUCAGAUGUUUUUAGUAGAUGAAGAAAUUAGAAAUGGAACUAAAACUGGACAAACUCUCAUCCUCCUGGAGGCUGAGGGCCCCUGAAGGCCCCUGGAGGCUGAGGGCCCCUGGAGGCUGAGGGUCCGGCUCUGUUCUGAAUGUGUUCCUGACCAAAUACAACGAGGUGAACUGUGUUAGCUCGUAGCAGUUAGCCACCGCCGGCUCCGCGCUUCCCUUUAGUGCCUUUUAUUGAUGAUGAGGAAGACGAAGGUUUUAAUCUUCCGUGUGUUUUUACUCUCUUCGUCGUCUGUCGUGUUGCCUUUUGCACUUUGCGGCUGUGUUGACGCCCCCCCCGUCGUUGUGUUCACUGACUGUCUGCAUGAGAAUAAAAUGAGUGUUUGUGUGAAACCAAAUUUCAGUUUUCAUCGUAAACGCAGAUUUUAUUGUUUGAUCUGUUUCUGUCUGAUUGUGUGAAAUUAACUGAAAUAAAAAUAAAAUAAUGAA